AUGGAGGUAAAACCCUUUCUCAAAGAAGGCCUGGUCGAGGAUUGGGACAUAUUUGAAGAUGUUGUGGCUUUUAUGAUAAACUACCUUAUUCCCUAUGAACGCACCCAGCAUCCCGUUCUGUUUUCCGAGCCAGCAUGGAAUCCCAAGUUGAAGAGGGAAAAAAUGACCGAAAUUUUGUUUGAGAAAUUUGAGCUACCUGCAUUUUAUCUUGCAAAAAAUGCCGCCCUCACGUGUUUCGCGAACGGACGUCAUGCUGGUCUUGUACUUGAUUGUGGAGCUUCCUGUACGGCUGCAGUUCCAGAAGUUGUCAAGGAUCGCGAACCAGCCCGAUUCACGGAACGAAAAUUGCCACCUCUUACUGACUCAUACAAGGCCUUUAUGGAACAUAAUUUGAUUCAAGACUUCGCUGCCACUGUCUUGCAGGUUUCGGACGAUCGUUAUGACCAAAACCAAAUGGAUACCUUUCCAAUGAUUUCUUACGAAUUUCCUAAUGGAUAUAACGUCGAACUUGCCCAUGAACGAUUCCAACUUCCGGAAGCAUUGUUUGAUCCAUCAGAAUGUGGCGGUAAUUCGAUGUUGUCCAUGAGCCACGUUGUCGCGAGCAGCAUCAGCCUUUGUGAUAUCGACAUCCGACCGAAUUUGUAUAACAAUGUGGUGGUCGUUGGAGGAACAAGUUUAAUUAUGGGCUUUACUGAUCGACUUCAGCGUGACCUUAACAUAAAAACACCACCGAGCAUGCGAUUAAAAGUUAAUUUCCCCAGUUCCUUGCCGGAGCGCAGAUUCUCUAGCUGGGUCGGAGGGUCAAUUCUCGGAUCUCUGGGUACCUUCCAGCAAAUGUGGAUUUCAAAACACGAAUACGAAGAAUCUGGGAGAUCAAUGGUCGAAAAGAAAUGUCCCUGA